CAUGAAAGUAGAAAAAUGCGCGCGUUGUGGCUACGUCUUAAGGUCAAUAUCUAUUGCUGUGCAGGGACUUGAUGUACUUGAGAGAAACGAUCUUUACCGGCCUUCAACUUCCUCUUCCCGUAACUGGAUAUAAUGGCGUCUGGAACACUUUACACGUACCCGGAAAACUUCAGAGCUUACAAGGUGCUCAUUGCAGCUCAAUAUUCCGGUGCCCAAGUCAAUAUCGCAUAUGAUUUCGUUUUCGGCGAAACAAAUAAAACUGAAGCAUUUUUAAAGAAGUUCCCACUGGGCAAGGUUCCAGCAUUUGAAACAUGCGAUGGAAAAUGUAUCACAGAAAGCAAUGCAAUUGCUUACUAUGUGGCUAAUGACCAGUUAAGAGGCAAAACUGAUCUUGAACGUGCAGAAAUCAUCCAAUGGUUUGGAUUUGCAGAUUCUGAAAUUCUUCCUGCUAGUUGUGCAUGGGUGUUCCCAUUGCUUGGAAUUAUGCCAUAUCAUAAACAGAAUGUAGAACAUGCUAAGGAUGAUGUGAAGAAAGCACUGACUGCCCUUAAUUCUCAUUUACUUACACGUACUUAUUUAGUUGGAGAACAAUUGACAUUAGCAGAUAUUAGUGUAGCUAUGACGUUACUUCAUUUAUAUCAGUAUAUUCUGGACCCAAAUCUACGUAAACCGUACCAGAAUGUGAAUCGAUGGUUCCAAACUGUCAUACAUCAGCCUGAGUCAAUAGCUGUAAUUGGUCUCUUUAAAUUGGCUGAGAAAACUCUUGAGUAUGAUCCAAAGAAAUUCGCAGAAACUCAAGGAAAAUCUUCAAAGAAAGAGAAAAAGGAGAAGGAAAAGGAAAAGGAAAAAAAAGAAUCAAAAGAAACAAAAGAGUCUAAGAAGGAAGCCGUCGAAGAACUGGAUCCGGCAGAUGCUGCUUUAGCCGCUGAACCUGUAACCCGAAAUCCUUUUGACGCAUUACCUAAAGGCACUUUUGAUCUUGAUGAUUUUAAAAGAUUCUAUAGUAACGAAGACGAACUAGAGUCUGUACUUUACUUCUGGCAAAAGUUCGAUUCGGAACAUUAUAGUAUUUGGCUUGGCGAAUACAAAUAUAACAAUGAACUAACAAAGGUUUUUAUGUCUUGCAAUCUCAUAAGUGGAAUGUUUCAACGAUUAGACAAAAUGCGAAAAGCCGCAUUUGCGAGCGUCUGUCUCUUCGGUAUGGAAAAUGACAGUAGCAUUAGUGGUAUUUGGAUUUGGCGCGGACACGAUCUUGCUUUCACGUUGUGUCCAGACUGGCAGGUAGAUUACGAAUCAUACACUUGGACUAAGUUAGAUGCAACUAAAGAAGAAACAAAACAACUGGUUAAACAGUACUUCGUUUGGACCGGUACUGAUAAGGAGGGACGUAAAUUUAUUCAGGGAAAAAUUUUCAAGUAAAAAUUUGCCAUAUGCUUAUUAUUAAACAGAACACUUUGUUCGCAUGAAAUAAACGUAAAAAAUCUGAUAAAAUAUUAUCAAAGUUUACAUGCAAACCCUUAGAAUCCUGUAUUGAAAUAAGGUGAUUUACAGAAAAAAAAGAAUGUUCCUUUCCAUAGGUCACUAUUCUAACAACUUGAUGCCUUUACCUUUUAAGUUUAUAUCGCGUUUAUAUUGAAAUAUCAUUCUAAAAUUAAUUUUAACGCACUUUUUUCAGUAUUUGGAUUUAUUCUAACAUCGUACGAAUAUCGUUAAUUUUGCAAUGAAAUACGAUGGAGAUAAUAUAUCACUUCGGCAUAUAUAUUCAUAGAAAUUCCUUCUUCAUACAACGCGUUAAAUUAUUUAAUUUAUAAAUUGCUUUUAAUGUAUGUCAUAAACAACAGUAAUUUAAUAGUACUUAAGAAGUUACUUUGUUCAUUUGUUAUUGUUUAAUAAAAAAGCAUAUAGCAUGAUUUUUUAUAGAAACAGAAAAAUUAUGAAUACACUAUACACUUAAGUAUGCUGCUAUACGUACUAUAAUUCAUCUUCCAUAUACUAGUUUGUGUGAACUAUAGUUUCAAAUAUAAUGCAUAUUUUUACAAAAAAUGAAGUUGUUGAUUUUUCGACUAUUACAAUAAAUUUCUAUAUUUCACACA